CGCCGGGGUGUGACGCUCUCUCCCCUACCUGUUCAUCCCGACAGCUUGUUGAACAGAUAACACGCAGGUGUCAGCAGAGAGGGAGAUAAAGACAGCGCCUGCCACCAAGAAGCCGAUUAUACUCAAACCUCUGCGGGUUUCAUCCCGUUCUCUGUGCAAUAAUUGACGCGUGAUUUGACGACGAGAAACCCUGCGCUUAUUCUGAGGAGAAUUUGCCCGCGCGCGGGAUGGUAAAUGUGUGGAAAGUGGAUACCGGAGAAUAAUAUUGACAAUACAUGCACUUAUUCCCAGAGGAGCUUUGCAAGGGCGGAUGAAUUACGCAGAGAGGAACUUCUGGAUUCUCCUCGGACGUUUUGGGAGUCCGUUUGUACUGGUUUUGUAUACAAACCUUGGUUUUCAAAUACAAAAGGAUUCUGGAUUUGGAAAGCAUCAUGUCCUCAUUCUCUUCUUGAGACUCAAUCUGCCAAACUAGUCAUCAACCUGAACUUGCAUUAACAUUAGAUCUGAAUUAUGGAUGGCGAUAGACAGCCUCCGGCUUCAAAUGGUGACUCGAAGCUCCGCUCCAGAGGAGGCUUCUCCUUAACCAACUGGCGUUCCUCUUCGAGGACUUUACUGCAAGGAGAGCGAGCAGGAGAGGACGUGAGCCGAAGGCUGCUGUCUGGUGUGAACCAUCAAGAACGCACAGACUCGGGGGCCAGUCCCACCUCAAAAUCCCUCGAGGUGAUCGCAGGGUUAGAUGGCACAACAGCAACCACCACUGUGACCACAUCCACACCGCCUUGCCUCGACAAAGCCAUGGCAGAGUCAACAGGGCCUGCAGCAGCCCCUCAGCCAUCCGAAUCAGAGGAAGGGGUCUUCGAUGACCAGUCCACAUUUCUCCAGAGACAGUUCAGCUCCAUGCUGCAGCCAGGGGUCAACAAGUUCUCGCUGCGAAUGUUUGGGAGUGCGAAGGGUAUUGCAGCCGAGCAGGAGCGGGUCAAGUCAUUUGGGGUUUGGAUUAUACAUCCAUAUAGUGACUUCAGGUUCUAUUGGGACUUGGUGAUGCUGUGCCUGAUGAUGGGCAACCUCGUCAUUCUGCCAUGGGGCAUCACCUUCUUUGAGGAUCAGAACACACUGCCGUGGAUCACCUUCAACGUGGCCUCCGAUACCCUCUUCCUGGCUGACCUCGUCUUCAACUUUCGUACCGGCAUUAUGGAAGGCGACAACUCCCAAAUCAUCCUGGACCCGCAAGUGAUCAGUCGACGUUACCUGCGAGGCUGGUUUCUGGUGGACUUCAUCUCCUCCAUUCCGGUGGACUACAUCUUCCUGGUGGUGGAUAUAGAGGCACGACUUGAGUCGGCAGAGGUGUACCGCACCGCCAGGGCUUUGCGCAUCGUACGCUUCACCAAGGUCCUCAGUCUCCUCAGAUUGUUGCGCUUGUCCAGACUUAUACGUUACAUUCAUCAGUGGGAAGAGAUCUUCCAUAUGACCUAUGACCUUGCAAGUGCAGUAGUUCGCAUAGUGAAUCUGAUUGGAAUGAUGCUGCUGCUGUGUCACUGGGAUGGUUGCAUGCAGUUCAUGGUGCCCAUGUUGCAAGAUUUCCCGCCAAACUGCUGGGUCUCCAAAAACAACAUGGUGAAUGCCACUUGGGAUGUUCAAUACUCCUAUGCCGUUUUUAUGGCCAUGAGUCAUAUGCUGUGUAUUGGAUAUGGUGCUCAGGCACCUGAGGGACCAACUGACGUCUGGCUCACGAUGAUCAGCAUGAUCAUUGGCGCCACCUGCUAUGCCAUGUUCUUGGGCAAUGCCACCAACCUGAUCCAGUCCUUGGAUGCUUCCCAUCGGCAGUAUCAAGAGAAGUACAAACAGGUGGAACAGUACAUGUCCUUCCACAAGCUGCCGGCUGACAUGAGGCAGAGAAUCCACGAUUAUUAUGAGCACCGCUUCCAGGGCAAGAUAUUUGAUGAAGACAAUAUCCUCGGAGAGCUCAAUGACCCAUUAAAAGAGGAGAUUGUCAACUAUAACUGCCGUGGACUGGUGGCUAACAUGCCACUCUUUGCAAAUGCCGAUCCUCACUUUGUCACGGUGCUCCUCACAAAGUUACGCUUCGAGGUCUUUCAGCCGGGAGAUGCCAUCAUCCGUGAAGGGACGCUCGGUCGUAAGAUGUACUUCAUCCAGCAUGGCUGCGUCAGUGUGAUCACUCAAGACAAUAAAGAGAAGAAACUGAAUGACGGCUGCUACUUCGGUGAGAUCUGUCUGCUGACCCGUGGACGUCGUACAGCCAGCGUCAGAGCGGACACAUACUGCAGACUUUAUUCGCUCAGUGUGGACAGCUUUAAUGAGGUCUUAGAGGAGAACCCAUUAAUGAGGAGGGCGUUUGAGAGCGUAGCGGUGGACCGGCUGGAGCGGGAGGGAAACGGCAUUGUGCAUUCACACAAGAGCGUGGAGGAUGAUGGGGACUGAUGAACUUUGACUGACUGGAGACUCACUGAAGAUGACUGAAUGUAGAAAAAAAUACAUGGUGUUACGGUGUCCAUUUAAUUGACAUUAAUGUACAGUUGCAGUAUGGUGUGGUUUUUCUGAUUAAAAUAGUUGUUUCUUAUUCCUAAUUUGACAAUGCAAUGUAUAGGAACAUAAAAAUAAAUCCUAUCAGUCCUUUAGAUACUCUUGAGAUACUGGAUCCAUAUAAUUAAUUUCAGUCAGAAACCAUUAGUUUAGCAGGGACCUUGAUGAAUAUGGUAAAACAAUAUGUAUGCAGCAAUAUAUAUAUUAUAAUACAAGUACAUUAAAGAUGCAAUAAAAUUAAAUGAGCAUAGCACAAAACAUACCCUAACAUUACAAAAGUUUGUUUUAUUGUUUCAAAAUUUCUACUAAGCUCCUAUAGUUUCCAGUAAUAGUAGUCUUUAGUCAAGGAAUUGCUUUCUGUCGAUUUUGCAUUUAGCAAAAUAUCUCCAAGGCAGUUUUGAAUAUGUUAACUCAGUACAACUCAUGUUUAACUCUUUCAUUUUAAAACCUCCAGGCAGCCACCAGCAUGUAACAGUGUUGCACUUAUCCAAGCUUUCAUUAUUGUCGUGCUGCUGGUGGAAGGUCUCUGGAUGUAUCAUUGAUUCCAGGAUAAUCAAAUCAAUGAAAAAAAGUUGAAAAUAAUACUUUCUACUAGUUGUUUUAUAAUACAAUAAUAUACUGAAUUCUAUCUGCUUUCCAGAUCAACAUUGAGCACUUAAGAACCGUGCACUGUAAGAAAAGAUGUCUGGUAACUCAAAGACGCGGAUGAGCUGGGACAUCUGCCCAUUGUCCUCUUAACUUCAAAUUAAAGUAUUAAACAAUAUGAGUCAUAUAAUCGCUGAUUAAACUAAUUUCCGUUUGGCCUGAGCCCUUACUUAUCUGUGAUAAUCGGUUAUGACGAAAAUAACCCUACGAGAGAAGGUUGUUUUCACAUGUGCUUUUGAGGAACAUAUUUACUUAGGAGCAGGUGAUAUAUUACUUUCAAAUGAUAUUUUGUUAGUAACAUUUCUACUCUUCUCUGUGGUUGGAAAUAAAAACAUAUAUUACCCCACAUAAUGUGUGAUAUUAUAGAGAUGAGGAGUAUUAUGGAAAAACAACUGAGAUUUUGAAUAUACAGGUAAAUGUUAAUUUGAUGUGUUUCAUAUAUAUAUAUAUAUAUAUAUGCCACUAUGUUAUUAAAGUAUGUUAUUAACUCUUGAAUACAGUCGCUGUACAUGAGUCUACAUACAGUUUAGUUUAUUAUUUUCAGGGAAUUACAGUUUUCUUUAUUUAAUUGUUUUCAUACUAAACACUAAAUAAAACUACA